AUGGAGGAGGACUAUGAUGAAAUCCAGGACUAUCCUAGCUGGGAUGAGAAGUAUAAUUCAGAUACAGAUACAAAAGAUAUAAUUGAUAUGUAUACGCAGCAAGAGAAAAAUGAAGAGCCUGAGAAAGAGAGGCUUGAGAAAGCAAGAGUGGAAAAGAACAAAAUGUUCCAGAAGAUGCUGCUUGAAGAAAAGAACUCUCCAGUAACGGAGAAGACUCGAUUGGACUUUCUUGUGGAGCGGAUUGCCAGCUUUAGGCAGAAGGACUUUAAUGGAUCAGGCAAUGAGGAGAAAUACGAGGUUGCUCAUUAA